CACCUCAGUCAUGUUAGUCAAUUUGCCAUGAUUAUGGUCCUAUUUCAAUGUUUAAACGUUUAAGAAGAAUUGAUCUGAUAAUGUCAUUGGUCGAAGAAACGAAAAGCGAUAUCGCAGCAGACGAUAAGAGUGGAGAAACUCCUAAGAAAGUUCACAGAAUGAAAGCUAAGAAGGAUGAGGCGGGUGAAGUAGACCCUGUGUACAAAAAGUUAUCAGCAAUAAAUGGAGAGAUUAAUCGCAUGUCGGUGAAGGAACUACAGGACAAGUUAGCGGAAUUAAAACUUGAUGCAAGAGGUUCCAAAGACAUUCUACAAAAAAGACUGAAAAUGCAUUUCAAGCAGAGGAAAUUGAUGAAAGCUAAAAUAAAGCCUCCAGUGGAAUGUACAUAUGAUUACGUAAUUGUCAUCGACUUCGAAGCUACAUGCCAAGAGAACAACUAUAAUUACACCCACGAGAUAAUUGAAUUUCCAGCAGUUUUAGUAGACUGCCACACCAGAGAAAUAGUUGAUGAAUUUCAUGAAUACUGUAAACCUGUUCUUAAUCCAAGAUUAACAGAAUUUUGCAGUAGUCUUACUGGAAUUUCACAGGGACUUGUGGAUAAAUCAGAUGAAUUUCCAGCUGUCCUUGACAGAAUGCAGUCAUGGAUGACUAGUCACCACCUAGGAAUACAUCAUACGUUUGCCAUAGUUACUGAUGGACCAUGGGAUAUGAGUCGCUUUCUUCAAAUGCAGUGUAACUUGAGCAAGAUACCAUUCCCUCACUGGGGGAAAAAGUGGAUAAACAUUCGUAAAGUGUAUUCAAGUCACUACUCAUGUAAACGUAUGAAUCUGGAAGAAAUGUUGAUAAAUCUAGGACUGAAGUUUGAAGGCACACAACAUUGUGGACUCCAUGAUUCAAGGAACAUAGCCAAGAUUGCUAUUCAGCUUCUGGAGGAUGGGUGUGAUUUGGUGAAAAAUGAAUUCCUGCACGUGGCACAACCUCCGCCCGGGCCCAAGGGGUCCAGAGAAAAUGGAUCUCGGGGCGGUGAAGGUAAAAUUAGGUCCAGGGAGGAAAUUGAACAGAGACUAGAGGCACUCAAGUUAGAGUCACAGAACUUUGUCGAAGAGAAUCAAGAUUUAUUAGAAUACCACAAAUUACAGUCAGCAUAAAUGGACUUUUAGUGCUAGAAAUUAAAAAAUGAAGUUGUUCAUGUUGUGUCAAUUGGUUGUCUAACAUGAAAUGUUGAACAUCAAGUUGACAGUGUCAUGGAACACAGUGGAACAGGCUGUGCAAUACAUUUACAUUACAUAAAGGAAGUCAAAUGUUA